AUGGAAGAAGGUACAUAUUUCUUAAAUUCAGACGAAAUGAGAAACACCCUUUUAUUUAAAUAUUUCUGUACAGUUGCUAAGACUGCCGUAAACACAGCCAAAGAAGUUAGUGAAGUCAAGCCUGUCAAGGAGACCAAGCCUGCUAAAGAACCUAAAGCUCCCAAAGAACAAAAACCAAAGGAAGCAAAAGAAUAAAAGGAAACUAAAGCCCCAGUUGUUGAAGAAAAGCCCUUCACUUAUGAUUUUACUGAAGACUUAAAGCUCGUCAACCACAGUUUCGAAAAGGUUAGAUUAAACCCUACCACUUCAUAUGUCGUCCCUCCUGAAUUAAUGAACAAGCCUUCAAGUUAAUAUUUGGUUGGUUCUGUUGAAAAAAUCUCUAACAUUCUUAUUGAUCCUGAAAACUACAUUGGAAAAGUAGGAACUGUUGCUGGUUGGGCUAGAACUACUAGAGCUGCUGGUAAGGAUCUUUUCUUCAUCGAAUUGAACGACGGUACUUGCUAAAAGGGUAUUCAAAUCGUCGUAAGUAGUGGUACUAUUGAAAACUACGAUACUGUCGUCAAGAUUAAUACUGCAACUUCAGUGAAGGUCACUGGUCUUUUCGUCAAGCCUGAAGGUGGUAGCGAAAAGGUUGAAGUCAAGAUUGGAUCUGCUGAACACAAGGUUGAAAUUUUGGGUGCUAUUGAUCCUGCUCUCUCUAAGACUUACCCUAUGGCUAAAAAGUUCCACACUGUCGAAAAGUUAAGAGAAAUUGCUCACUUACGUCCUCGUUCUAACUUAAUUGGUUGUGUUGCAAGAAUUAGAAACAAUCUUGCUUAUGCUACUCACAUCUACUUCCAAUCUAACGGUUUCCAAUACAUUCACACCCCUCUUAUUACUGCAUCUGAUUGCGAAGGAGCUGGUGAAAUGUUCUAAGUUACUACAACUUUACCCAAGCCUGAAGAAUCUCUCCUCAAAGUUAAGGAUAAGGUUCUUGAUAAGGAAGGUAGAAUCGAUUACUCUAAGGAUUUCUUCAAGAAGCCUGCCUUCUUAACUGUCUCUGGUUAACUUUCUGUCGAAAACUACUGCUGCGCCCUUUCCAACGUCUAUACUUUUGGUCCUACCUUUAGAGCUGAAGUUUCUCACACUACUCGUCACUUGGCUGAAUUCUGGAUGAUCGAACCCGAAUUAGCUUUCGCUGAUGUUCACGAUGUUAUGGAUUGUGCUGAAGGUUACGUUAAGUUCUGUCUUGAAUAUGUCUUAACUAACAACAAAUCCGAUCUUGAAUUCCUUCAAAAUGCUUUGAAAAAGCCUGAACUUGUUGAAUAUCUUAAGGGUUUGAUCAGCGGUCCCUUCGCUAGAUUGAGCUACACUGAUGCCAUCACUCUUCUCUAAAAGGCUGUUGCUAACGGAAAGGUCUUUGAAAACAAGGUUGAAUGGGGUGAGGAAUUAGCUACUGAACACGAACGUUUCCUCGCUGAAGUAGUUUUCAAGAAGCCUGUUGCCGUAUAUAACUAUCCUAAGGGAUUCAAGGCCUUCUACAUGAGAUUAAACGAAGAUGGCAAGACUGUCGCUGCCUUCGAUAUGUUGGCUCCUUAAGUAGGUGAAUUAAUUGGAGGAUCUCAAAGAGAAGAAAGAUUAGAUGUCUUAGAAAAGAGAAUGAUUGAAUCUGGCUUAAACCCUGCUGAUUACUGGUGGUAUUUGGACUUAAGAAGAUACGGUACUGUUCCUCAUGGUGGUUUUGGUUUAGGUUUCGAAAGACUUUGCAUGUUAUGUUCUGGUGUUGACAACGUUAGAGACGUUAUUCCUUUCCCCAGAACUCACGGUAACGCUGAAUUUUGA